AACUUCUAAGCGAUAGUAGUAGACUCGUUAACUUAUAUUCCGUUACCAACACCUGAAGUUGUUUUCCAAGGAGCUGGUGAUGUUUUGAAGUUUUCAAAGGAAAAUAAAUAAUAAAAUUUGCAUCCUUUACGAACAGCUGCAAGUCGAGCUUCAACUUCCAACAAAGUUUACAUUGACAUUUCUGGAGAUUCUGCAUGAAGGAGCUCCUGUGAGGUUUCUUCCUACCAACUGACUGUGUGUCGAAGGAAGAGUUGUGAACAACAAGGAGGGAGGGAAGGCUGGCCAGUGAUCACGUCCUGCCCUCUUUUGGAGAAGCUGUUGACCAGUACUACUGUACUACCAUGAUGGCAGACAGGCUCCUUCCAUGUCUGCUGCUCCUGGCCUUCUGCUGUUCAGCAUUUGCAGGUCCGUUGUCUCGUAGCCCGUGUGAGCUGCUGCCUGUAGGCGACGGCCACCCAGUACAGGCCCUGCUGAAGAGUUUCACCGCCCUGUCAGGCUGUGCCUCCCGAAGCACCGCAGGACUGCCUCAAGAGGUCCACAUCAUCAACCUGAGGGGCCGUGGCUCCGGUCCAGAACAGAAGCCUGCAGAGGUGAAGCUGCACCUGAAGCCCAUCCAGUCUCUGUUCGUGCACCAGAAGCCCCUGGUGUUUGUUCUAAACUCUCCCCAGCCUGUGGUCUGGGACAUCAGGACUGAGAAGCUAGCUCUGGGCAUCAAACACACCUUCCAUGUUUCUGUUGGAUCUGACGUCCACCUCCCUCAUGGGAACUUCUCCAUCCACUGUCAGGUUCAGAAGGAGGUGCUUCCCCAUGUCAAUGAGCACCUCCUCCAAUGGGCCAUCAACAAGUACCGAGCCGUCACCUCCUUCUCCGAACUCAAGAUCGCCCUGGACGUCUACAUCAAAGUGGGAGAAGACCCAGUGUUCUCGGAUACCUGUAAGAUCGACAACAAGUUCCUGUCUCUGAACUAUCUAGCAGGUUACGUGGAGCCCCAGCCCUCUAAAGGCUGUGUUCUCUAUGGACCAGACCAAAACCAAGAGGUCCACAUCAUCGAGCUACAAGCUCCCAACUCCAGCAGUGCAUUUCAGGUAGACGUGAUAGUGGAUCUGAGGCCUCGUGAGGAAGAUGUUCAAGUUCAUCGUGACAUUGUGCUUCUACUGAAGUGUGAGAAGUCGGUCAACUGGGUCAUCAAGGCUCACCGUGUCAUCGGCAAACUGGCUGUGGUGACGUCGAAUACCGUAAGUCUGAGUCCCGACGAGAGGCUGAUGGAAGUGUCUAAGACCCCUAAGAACCCCCUCCCGUCUGGCUCUCAGGCCCUCAUCAAGUGGGCAGAGGACCACAGCUAUGGGCCAGUCACCUCGUAUACCCACACCCCUGUAGCCAACACAUUCAACCUCAGACUCCGGGAGCCAGACACGGUGGAUUCCCUGGACUCUGUGUUCCGCCCGCAGCUGUCCAUCCUGCGGGACGACAACCCUCUUCUGUCUGGCGGCGCGGUGCACUCCGGCGGCCCUCCCUUCCGCUUCCCCCCAACCCUGACACCGGGCCUGCACUACCUGUCCCUGCCCUCCUCUAUGGACCGGCAGCCCUGGCUGGGCCCGGAAGGGGAGCCGGACGAGGAGCCAGAGGAACUGCAAGGCCUCCUCAACGCGGGCCUGACCGUCCGGUGCGAGGAGUCCAGGAUGGUGGUCAGCAUCGACCGAGAGAGUCUGCAGGCCAAUGGUUACAGUAACGCCAACCUGACUCUUCAAGACCCAGAAUGCAAGGCGACGGUUAACUCCACCCACUACACCCUAGAGACGCCAUUGGAGGGCUGUCAGACCAUCAAGUACCCUAUGCACAACAGCCCCAUGGUCCUGUACCUAAACUCAAUCCUGAUAAGUCAAGCUGAGCCUAAGGAUGGGAGUGGUGGUCCUCCGGAUUAUGAGGAUCUGGAGCCCGGAGACGUGACCUUCCCUGGGGAUGCCGAGGAGCUGGAGAGGGCUGCUUUCCUGGAUCGCACCACUGGGCCUGAUCACAGCUCCUCCAUUCUGUUCAACUGUACCUACAGGUCAAAGCAGGCCACCCGAAGAAGACCAGGAUCAUCAGGACAGUAUCAGGGGGACAUUCCAGAGUCAAUAGACCCGGUCCGAACUGAUGUGAUGUUCAACAUGGAGCUGUACAACAACCAACUCUUCUAUUCUCAGCCCUCUCAACCCGCUCACACCGUUUCCCGAAAUAAACAGGUCUUUGUUGAGAUUGAAGCUUUGAAAGUGGACCCAGAUCUGGGCUUCAUGAUCCAGUCCUGCUUCAUUUCUGUGAACUCCAACACCAACUUCCCCUCAGAAUAUACCCUGAUUGAGAACAUCUGCCCUACAGACGAAACAGUUAGGUACUACCCUCAGAGAGACACCCAGAAGGACCGGAAGAGAUUCAGCUUUAUCUUCAACUCAAACUUCAAUGAGUCGCUGCUCUUCCUUCACUGUGAGAUGUCCCUUUGCACCAAGAGGCCAACCAACAACCAGGGUCUGACUAUGUGCAUCCAGCCAGAUGAGGCCUGUACAUCCAUCAAUGGAGAUAUCCUUGUCGCCAUGAUGAUGAACACCAAGACUACAACCAAGGCCCUGAUGGUGGAGGAAAAAUUAGAAGAGCCAGAGUACACUGAAGGGCCACCUGACUUGCAUGUCUUGGACACUCCGACUGUGGUUGGGAUCGCCUUUGCUGCAUUUGUGAUUGGGGCCCUGUUGACCGGAGCGCUGUGGUUCAUCUACUCUCAUACAGGUGAUCCAGCUGUCCAACAGCCGGCCCAGAAGUCCCAGCCCCCUGCCUCUGAGAACAGCAGUGCGGCCCACAGUAUCGGCAGCACACAAAGCACGCCCUGUUCCAGCAGCAGCACAGCUUAGCAUCGCGAAGCCCGACGGAGAGGCCCCCCCCAUGCACGGCCACAGGAAGGGCCUCACGGGUCACAAUGGAACUGGCUUGGUUGACAUUUGUUUCGUAUGAAAGGAAUUAUUUUGGUGUGAUUUUUGAAAAGAUGAAUGUUUUGUUAAAGAAGAAAAGACAAGACAGAAAACAAGGAUUUUUAUAGAUAUGAGAAGAAAAAAACACCUAAUGAUGUCUUGGCUUAAAUUGGGUCCCGUUUUAAUUUCAACACAAGUCGUUGUCAUAUAGAUAUACAUUAGUGAUUGGGGAAACGGGACUCUCAGUCAGAAUGGCAAAAAGGUCUCAUAUCUCCAGACAGACAAAAAAAUAACUGAUAGGGAAAUACCAAUUUUGUAUCCUCCAAAUGCUGCUUUUUUAUUCUGCAACAACAACAGAUUUCUAGUUUAGGCUGUAAACAAACUAGUGUACACCAAUAGCACUGGAGACAGUAAAGCUGCCUGUCUGCAAACAUCUGUGGCUGUUAUCAAGACUAGUGAGAUAAACAACAUGGAACAUCCACAGGAAUGCCUGCUAACUCCUAUCCACAUGCUAUAGAGUUAAGGGUUACUUCCACAUUUCCAGUAUAUAUGCAGUAUAUAAUAGAUAAGAGAUGGUCUACAAGUUGAAUCAGAGAGCAGUGGAGGUGUGCUUUCUCCACAGUCCCCCUCCAAAAACCAGAGUACAGUGUCCUGAAUGUGUGGGGUUAAUCACUUGGAAUGUGAAGGGACAUAAUGAGGAUAACAAAUCAAGAUGCAUAAAUAGAUACUUUAGAUGCCAAGGAAUGUGAAAGAAAAAAAUAAUGUGAAUGAUUUUUUGAUUAUAGCCCUGUUUGCAAGCCAGCUAUUCAUGACUAUCGUAGUCAUAGUAGGACUAUAGCAACACAUUAAUCUAAACAAUAUAAACAUAUAUACCACAAUGUGUAUUUGGUUAUAUGAGUGAUUGCUUUACAGUCCGUAGUUUUAAAUUGAUUAAUGUUACACAGCUUGGCAUUUAGAGUUCUUAGUUAUUGUAUCCUAUAUCAAAGCAGCCAUUGUAAAGCUAUGUAUAUUUUUGUGAAUAUUGUAAAUAAUCUAAAUGUUAUAAGAGCAUGAAAAUACUAUGUGCAAGGUUUUGUGCAUUAGAAUCAAUAUACAUACAUUGUUAACUAAGACAGUGUAAACUGGCUGGGUUUGGCCCGUAUUCCCAAAUAUAAUGUUUUAUGUUUGUAUCCACUGUUUGUUAACGAAAGUGCUACUGGCUCCAGUAUCGUUGAAAGUGAAUUUGAGUAAUUAGGCAUUAUAUUAAAACCACGAAACCACUAGACCUUCAGCUGUUUUAAAUUUGAUUGUACAUAAUAUCGUAACCAAAAGCGUUGUACUUCAAACAAGAUAAAGGUGAAACAAUAUGGUUGAGAUUGUGGAAUCCAAUAAUAGUAAUUGGCACUUUUCUAUGUUCAGUAAAUCGGAAUUGAUGUUUUUCAUGUUUAUUGGCGAUACAUUUAUAAAUACAUUGUCAAUCUUACUCACCUCAGCAUGAGAUAGUUGUUGCCGUACACUUGUGAAUCUACAUGUGGUGUGUUAGCAAUGAGUUCAAUGUAAGUGACACACAUGUUGUGUUGUUUCAGUUAUCACAUCACUUGCCAUACAGAGGUCAUUCAAAGCCAAAAGAACCCCACCGUCAUAGAGUCCAUGAAUGUUCUUUGGUGUGCUUUUUUUAUUUGGAGAGUUUGAAUAGAAUAUAUUCAUACAUUCAUAGAAGAUAUUACUAUAUUUUGGUUGAAAAGGGAUGGUUUGUACCAAUUUUAUAUGUGUUUAUGUUUGUAGUGUAAAGUAAAAGCCAAUAUAUUAGACUGCAGUUUAGCAAUUUGGAUUAAACCCUAUUUUUAUGUAUAAUGUGUUUAAAAUGUUGCUUGCUUCAGAUCAUGAUAGAGAAUGUAUGUUAUGUCAGAGCUUUGAGUCAUUGAUGUAUGUAAACAUGUAUAGAUGUCUCCACAGAGAAAAACAGAGUAUAAGUAUAUAUUUGUGUAUAAAAUUAUAUAUUUUUGGAAAGUAUUUACCUAGAGCCAAUCUAUUGUUCCCUCUUUGAGUACUGUGAAUUUUUUGUUUUGUGCUCCAUUAGUUUUUUUGUGAAUGUGCAUAUAUUACUUCAUAUAUUUCCAGAACCUUUCACCUGGCUGGCUUUGGGAUUUGAUCCAACAACACUUCUGGGUGGACUAACUACCAAUCUAAAAGCUGUUAGCUGACAUGGUUAAAUGAGCCACUGUCAGUGAUCGACAAGAGAAAAUGGAUGCACAAUCACAUUUAGAAAUUGCACUUUGUGUAUUGUUCUACUUACUUUCAAUUGUAAGUUGAGAUCCUGUGAGCCCUUUUUGGGCGGGCCAGCCCUGUAAAUGGUCAAAAUUUUAAAUAUAUAUAUAUAUAUACUGCCAGGAAUUUUUCCAAAGCCAAUAGUUCUCCCACAGUGUUGAAUUUGACGUCCUCACAAGGAUACCAUAUCUGCUAAGAUUUCGCUCUGUAAACAUAGAAACAAUUAGAUGUUCUAUAGCAUUUCAAAAGUAAUAUAUUUACAACCCACCUUUUCAAUGUAAUACAAAUGACAUUAUUGAUAAUAUAUAAGUAAGCAAGACUAAAGUGCUAUAUGAACACAAUGGUAUAUGGGCGAAACGAUGUGCUUCAUUGUGUUUUCCAUAAAUGGAAAAAUAGUAUUUUCUGAAUAGUUUGUGUACAGCUUUCAUAUUAUACAUUUAGUUGUAUUCAUACUCUCUGGACUCUGGUCUUAGUCAAUGUCAAUUCUUCUGUAACUGUGCCAUAAAAGUUUUUUUCUUA